ACCAAGUCAUCAUUCAAAGGGUCAACAGUCAAUCGUUUUUAUGGAUCAAUUUUCAAAGAAUUACAAAUAUUAGUCACCUUCUCCCUUCACAUUCUGAGAAAACAAAGCUCAUACAUCAACUGAAUUGCAUAUAAAUUUGCAUAGUUCCAAGUUUCUCCAACAUUUCUUCACUCAAAUCUCUCCCCGUCAUCUCCCGUCUUCGAAUCAAGCCAUGAAUUUGGACGGAGACCAACACGACGCCACCAAAAGAAUCACCUAUGACCUUAACAGCAAGAUCAUGGUAACAGCUAUACUAUCCCUCUGCUUCGUUAUCCUCCUAGUAACACUUCUUCACAUUUAUGCUAGAUGUGUCCUACGCCACCCACGCCGUAACCCCACCUUAACCUUCAUCCACCCUGACCUGGUGCAGCUCAGUGAUUCCACAACAGCAAAAUCCGGACUUGAUCCAACAGCCAUCAGUUUGCUACCAUCAACUCUGUUCAAGCAGAUGGAAAAUGAUGACGAACACAUUGAAUGCUCUGUGUGUUUAAGCAUAUUGGAGGAGGAUCAGCAAGUUAGGCGUCUACCCAACUGCAAUCAUGUAUUCCAUACGUCGUGCAUCGAUCAGUGGCUCAGUGGCCAAGCAACGUGCCCGAUUUGUCGGUCUGAGGUGUCUCCUCUAUUAACCCCGCUAGACCGAGAACCUCCCAUUGUCAGUGACCUGACCGAGGUAGUGGUUGUUACUUCAGAAGGUCUUGAACAUAAUAUUCAGGAUGUAAUAAACUCAGGCAAUAAUAGUAAUAAUCCUAGCAAGAUUAUUAAUGCUGGAAGCGGAUCAUCGUCGUCAAGCUUUCGAAUGAGCUCUUUUAGGAAGAUCAUUAGUAGGGAAAGAUCAUUAUCUUCAAGCAGAAUGCAAGUUUUUGAAGAUCAACAGAAUCAAGUUCAGCAAUGAUCUCUGACAUUUUGCAGAAAUUCUAUUUGUUUAAUAUUAGUGUUUAGGCAUACAUUAUAAACAAUAGUAUCAUUAUUUAAUAUAUUUUGUAUGAGAUUCAACUCAAAGAAGAAAAAAAAAAAAAAAAAAAAAAAAAAAGUCAUUACAUGUAUACAAUCAAUUGGACAAAUGAGAACAUGAAAAGAGUUUUUCAAUA